AUGGGCCGUGGAGAUGCGACGGAUCGAGCAGCCUCGCUCAAGAAAACGCGACGAGCUGUUCAGUAUGCGCCUCACUGGGAUUCGAGGUGGUUCUGGUUUAACGGAAGACUAUUUGUGGCGACGCGGGACAACUUCAGCAGUUCGGCAAUGUCAGAUCCGGCAUAUGAUGGCGUUGGCGGCGAGGAGUUAACAAUCAGCUGCUUCGGGUGGUCCAUUGAGCCUGUCCAGAAGUUCAUCGAGGUAGCCCGCGAGUGGGCCGACCGUCAGACGCAGUACUUUGUGAUUAUCUAUGGGCGCGACCGCUAUGGCAUGUCGUGGCAGCCAAAGACACGCAAGCCCAUUCGACUACUGGACACGGUGCACUUUGACGACUCCGUCAAGCAAGAGCUAUUGGACGACGUCAGGACUUAUCUUGACCCGCGGACACAGCGCCGGUAUCAGAGCCGCAGCAUGCCCUAUCGAAGAGGAUACUUGUUCUACGGCCCCCCGGGAACAGGCAAGUCGUCUUUGUCGACAGCGUUAGCUGGCGAGUUCGGUCUUGAUCUGUACGAGGUUAAGGUACCCAGCAUCGCGUCGGACUCGGAUCUCGAGCAAAUGUUUCAAGAGAUUCCUCCACAGUGCAUUGUUCUUCUAGAGGACAUCGACGCUGUUUGGAUCGAGCGCACAUCCCGAUCCCACUCCCCUGACCGGAGAAGCGAGCGAAGCAGCGGAAGCGAUAGGGACAACAGCAGGUCAAAUUGCACACUGUCGGGCCUACUGAAUGUGCUAGACGGAGUGGGCUCGCAAGAAGGACGCAUCGUGAUCAUGACGACCAACAAACCCGAGCUGCUUGAUCCUGCGCUUAUCCGGCCCGGACGUGUAGACAUGAAGGUUUUCCUCGGAAAUAUCACCCCUGCCUCAGCCGAGCAGAUGUUUGUGCGCAUGUUUUCCCCCGACGAGUUAGCUGGCAGCGACAACGCGAACUCGCGUGGCGUCGUUGUUGAUAUGGACGAAAUGAGAAGCCUCGCGCGCGACUUUGCGAAGGCAAUCCCCGAGAAUUCGUUCACGCCGUCUCAGUUGCAGGGUUUCUUCCAAUUGUACCUGGACAGCGCCCACGCAGCCGCCAAGGGGAUCGCCUCUUGGGUAGAAAAAGAGGCAGCGCGACAAGCCGAUGGAUGCUUCGAAUUCCUCGAGAAUGGCAUCGCGAAGAGGUUGUAA